GAUCUCUGAUACGACGCCGAAUUACAUAGCACAGAGGAAUCCAUUUUCUCUGAUCAGGAUCUGGUACGACCAAUAUGGGUUUCUUGGUAACGACGCUAAUUUUCGCAGUGAUUGGAAUUAUUGCGUGCCUUUGUACCAGAAUUUGCUGCAACAGAGGACCUUCUGCUAAUCUAUUUCACCUAACUUUGGUUCUUACUGCAACAAUAUGCUGCUGGAUGAUGUGGGCGAUUGUAUAUCUGGCACAGAUGAAACCGCUCAUAGUACCUAUUCUGAGUGAGGGCGAAUAAAUUUCUGUCUGAACGGAUGUAAGUUAGAGAAUAUGAAUCACAUGUUGGCUGCUGGAGGGAAUUUGAUUUCGGCUCUCAAUGAUUCCAUUAUUUUCUAUGGGUGGAUCUAUAUGUAUUUGUUAUUGGAUAAUAUGACGUUUCAAUUGGAUUUUCCAUUGUUGGCUGUCAUUAACCAUGUUGCAAUUGUUGUAUUUAACCUUUUAGUCAUUUCUGAAGUUGGUAGAGUGGUAUCAUGUAUUUUGGUGAAAUAAGUUGAUGUAAGAAAAUUAUAUCUUGGAGUUUAUCACUAUAUAAAGAAAAUAACUGAUGAGAGGGGGAAAUCGUUCAUGCAACUCUCGGAC